CAAUUUGUCUGUCUGUUUGCUUGUUUGUAUAUUUGUUUGUCUGUUUGUCUGUCUGUCUCUCAGUUAGUUUGUCAGUCUGUCCAUCUGUUUGUAUUUGUAUGUCACAUCUAGGACUUUGUUGUAGGCACCAGAAUUUUGUUUAUGUGGUGUGUGUCUUCCAAUUUGUGUUUUUGUGGUUAGCUGUUGCAUACUCACAUCUUACAAGUGGAAACGCUACCAUUAAACACAAAAGGCUCGCCCUUGAAGAUAACCUACAAAACAUUCAGAUCAUUGACAUUCAUCAUUGCUAAAGAUCGUGAAUGCCAAGACAUCUAUGAUACUCUGGUGCACUUCUCUAAACCAAAUUCAUAUAAUGAUUUAUAUGCGUUUCACUACUCACCACAAGAGAAGAAAUUCAGCCGCGAGAACGGCUGGUCUAUCUUCCAUCACGAGAAAGAGUUUGGUCGAAUGGGCAUUCCCAACGACUACUGGCAUUACAGUCCAUUGAAUGAGAACUACAAACUUUGUCAGACGUAUCCUGAGUGGCUGUAUGUGCCGAGUGGCGUGAGUGAAGAAGUCGUGAAUGGCAGUGCUAAGUUUAGGAGUCGAGAGAGUGUACCAGCAUUGUCAUAUUAUCACCAAGAGACACAGGCAGCAUUAUGUCGUUGCAGUCAGACACUAAGUGGGAUGGUCAAACGAUCAUCAGACGACGAAACGUAUUUGGAAACGAUUGCACGAGCAAAUCCCAACAAAGGAUACAUGUAUGUAGUCGACACACGCCCACGGAUCAAUGCAAUGGCCAACAAAGCAGCAGGAAAAGGUUAUGAGAAUACAAAUUUUUACAGCAAAAUCGAGUUUCACUUUUUGGGAAUUCCCAACAUUCAUGUGAUGCGUGACAGUUUGAACAAACUGGUAGAAGUUGUGUCGAAUCCUAGGUUGAGUAUGAUAGAGUUUCUCAGUGGUAUUGCGAGCAGCAGUUGGUUGUAACAUAUUAGGAGUGUCAUGGAGACAUCAAUUUUUAUAGCAGAGGUUUUGGUGAGGAAAUCAUCAUGAUCACGCUGUGCUGAUUCGAGAAAUCAACAUGCACAAUCUUGUCUUGCAAGCAUCAUACAGGAAACAGAGAAUUGGCGGAAAGAGAAAUCAGUUCUAGAACAUGUUAAUACAUACAACACAGACAGAAUCAUGGUAUAAAUAGAAUAAUAAAUCAACAGACAAGCAGACAGAAACAGAAGUGUAUUGCAAGACAAGAGUAACAAAAUAAUAAAUUUUAGUAAGCAAAUGUACCUCAUGUGUUGUAACAUAAGAAUGACACACAUUGAUGCUUCUUGACAACAAAUAAUGACUCGUGUGCAUUAUGGAUACAAAAUAAUUGAAAUAAAUGUUUAUUGAAUGUUGAUGUCAAAUAUUAAUUAAAUAGCUGACCACUCAAUGAACAUUGAAAAUAAUCAAAAUUUUAUUUCUAUUUAUGUCAAUGUAAUUUAUUUAUUUGUGCAAAUAAUACACACACAUGUUACAAUUCAUUUUCUCUAUUAUUUAUUUCAUUCUAGCAGGAGAGUGAUACCAAUGCAAAAACUUUAUGGUUAUGAGAAUAGAAUGU